AUGCGGUUGUCGAGCGUGUAUCAUUGGCGAUCAAUUCCAGGCUUGCCUCGCUUCAUCUCCGUCCGUCGACGUCGCUCACGCAUCAGAUCACAGAGCGCUCUGCAAUCCUCUGUUCGCAAUGCAUCAGAUCGAACAAUGUGGGAGGAUGUCCACGGCGAUUUCAGCGGCUGUGAUGGCCGGAAAGGUGCACGCAUACGAUCCAACCUUCGUACCUUCAGCUUGACUCUUCGCUCUGCUGCUGAUCCAGCCUGUCAAAGACGAGCUCGUACCAGGGUGCAACGUGCAAACUCAAACGUUUUUCAACUAAUGAUGGCACGCAUAGCAUGUCAGGUCGUGAUCUCAUCCGACUCGUCAGUGACGCUAGAACAGUUUAUCAUGGCAUCGCGCCAUUCGGUGCGACAAUGGUCAGGUCAAGCCAUUCGAACUGAAAGCUUCCGUCUUGGAGAGCCUCUCCUGCCGCUACAACCAGACCAGACAGAUUUGAAACUCGGAUCCUUGCGAGGCCACUUCGUUUUCCGCUCGACGUGCCGGGUCAGGACCUUCGAGUUUGCGCUUGCGCGUAGGAUAAAUGUAUCUGGCCAGAGUCUGAGCUGCCAGCCGACUCUUCAAACGGCACACAAGAAAGAUCUGUCAACGGUGAAGAUGUUAAUUGCACGACCGCCCGCAAUGUACGUAAUACCCACCUGUGACAAGAGCGAUUUGCGCAUCAACCUCAGUUUCACGUCGAUCCUCAACAGGCCAAGACGGGUGCCCUUCCUUCGGGUUCUUCCGAGCUUAACGUGCUGGAGUACGGUGCUGUGCAUCCUUCCGAAGAAAGCUCGACGUGUCCUGCAGCGGUGUGAUCUCUCCGAUUGGUGCUUGCGUGAUGUGAUUUGA